UAAGGGAGCUCCCCUCCCAUGCUUCCUCCCUGCAGGUGACCCUUGCCCACCUGCUACCACAAGAAGGCUGGGUCCCCAUUCCUCUAGGUGUCCUUCCCGUCUCCUGCUGUCAGGGCCCAGUCCUCAGGAUGUUCCAGGAGGAAUAAAACCCAGAACCAAAGCCUCUAACCUCUUGUCCCCUCAGGAUGAGAUCCCUAGUAUGGCAUAUGCUGGUUGGUCUGUGUGUAGGGGUGGUCUUGGGCUGGGUAGGGGGCUCAGUCCCCAACCUGGGCCCUGCUGAGCAGGAGCAGAGCCAUUACCUGGCACAGCUGUUUGGCCUGUAUGGAGAGAAUGGGACCCUGACUGCAAAAGGCCUGGCCCGGCUCCUCCACAGCUUGGGGCUGGGCCGAGUUCAGGGAAUUCGCUUGGGACACCAUGGGCUUCCAACUGGUCGUCUUGCACCCCCAUCUGGAGACAACCUCACACACAGGCUGCAGGACCCUGAGCUGAGUGUGGAUGUCUGGCCGGGGAUGCCUCUGAGACCCUCUGGGUGGAGUGACCUAGAGGAGUCAAAAUCUCCCCAAGGGCCAGCUCCCUCAGGCCUAGACUUCUUUCACAGGCUUCUGCUGCUUGACCAUUCAUUGGCUGACCACCUGAAUGAGGAUUGUCUAAAUGGCUCCCAGCUGCUGGUCAAUUUUGGCCUGAGCCCUGCUGCGCCUCUGACACCGAGACAGUUUGCUCUUCUGUGCCCUGCCCUGCUUUACCAGAUCGACAGCCGUGUCUGCACUCAAAUCCCAGCCCCACCUCCUCCAGGAGACCUACUACCUGCCCUGCUCCACAGUGCCCUGGCAGUCUUGCUGCUCAGCCUUCCUUCUCCCCUCUCCCUGCUGCUGCUGCGGCUCCUUGGACCUCAUCUAUUGCAGCCUCUGCUGGGUUUCCUGGGAGCCCUGGCUGUGAGCACUCUCUGUGGAGAUGCGCUGCUCCACCUGCUGCCACAUGCACAGGGGAGGCAGCAUGCAGGACCAAGUGGGCGACCAGAGGAAGAUCUGAGUCCAGGGAUGUUGGUACUUGGAGGCCUCUUCCUGCUCUUCAUGCUGGAGAACAUGCUAGGGCUUUUCCGGCACAGAGGGCUCAGGCUAAGAUGCUGCAGACAAAAGAGAAGGGAUCUCGGAACACCAAACCCAGACCCUGAGGACAGCACUGGGAUGGCCCUUUGGCCCCUGCAGGCAGCUCCAGAGCCAGGGGCUCAGAGCCAGACGGAUCAGAACAGCCAGACCCCACCAAUGCCAACCCCUCUUGGGCACCAAGGCCAUAGUCAUGGGAACCAUGGUGGAGGUGAUGCCAACAUCAUAUGGAUGGUCCUCCUGGGAGACAGUCUGCACAACCUUACUGAUGGGCUGGCCAUAGGUGCUGCCUUCUCGGAUGGUGUCUCCAGUGGCCUCAGCACUACCCUGGCAGUCUUCUGUCAUGAGCUGCCCCAUGAACUGGGUGACUUCGCAAUGCUGCUCCAGGCAGGACUGUCCUUUCAGAGGCUGCUGCUGCUGAGCCUUGUAUCUGGAGCCUUGGGACUAGGGGGUGCAGCCUUGGGGGUGGGGCUCAGCUUGGGCCCUGUUCCCCUCACUCCCUGGGUGUUUGGGGUCACUGCUGGGGUCUUCCUCUAUGUGGCCCUCGUGGACAUGCUACCAGCCCUGCUUCGUCCUCCUGAGCCCCUACCCAAGCUCCAUAUGCUACUGCAAGGGCUGGGGCUGCUGUUGGGGGGCAGCCUCAUGCUUACAAUAGCCCUGCUAGAGGAGCAGCUGUUGCCCCUGGUCCCUGGUGGCUGAUGAGGCCAGUGGCAAGGGGUCCAGAGUGCCCUUCCUUCCCCCCAACCACAGGAAUGGAGGCGGGACACAGGGCCAGUAGGAGCAAUAGGAUUUUAAUAAACAGAACCCAUCCCAAA